AUAAGAGCCUGCAGACUCUGGCAACAGAGCUCCAUGGAGUGUGAAGUAAAAUGGCAGCAAGUCAAAAUCUUUCGAAGUUGUUAUUCUGCUAUGCUGCUCUACUCACAGUGCUUAUCUGCAUUAAGCCUAUCAAAUCCCAGGAACAGGUGGGCACUCUUGCAGAUGAUGAAGUGGAAGCACUUCGUGAAAUAGCUGUGCAAUUGAAUAAAAAGGAUUGGAAUUUCAGUGAUCCUUGUAGCAAUAUUCCGACUGUUUCAAUCCCGCAUACAGAUCAGUACAACAACACUCUCGUCUGCAACUGCUCUUUCUCUGGCAAUGUAUGCCACAUUCAAAGCAUUUUUCUUACCGGACAGGACCUUGAUGGUGUGCUUCCACCAGCACUGUCGAAGCUACCUUACCUUAAGCAAGUUAAUUUGGGCCAGAAUUACCUUAGCGGUUCAAUACCACGCGAAUGGAAUUCUACUAAGUUGGAAUUUCUGGUUCUCAGUGUGAACAACUUAUCAGGACCUAUUCCUGGUUAUUUGGGAAGCAUAACUACUCUCCAAGCACUGGCCUUGGAGAGCAACUAAUUUUCUGGAACUAUUCCCCUGGAGUUGGGCAAUUUGGUUAACAUGGAGCUUCUGUCAAUUUUCUAUUUUAUUGUCCCUUAUAUGUUUAUACCUUUUAUUUUUUUUGGAUUUUCAUAAGCAAGUAUAUAUGUUAAUUGACAACGGUUUGGUC